ACGUUUUGACAACCUCUUCUGUGCUAUUUUAUGUCUAGCGUAGUUAUUUGUUUGUUCCACUAUUUUUAUUAUUAGCUCAUCGGUAAAAAAGUGCUUGAAAAAAUCUAUGGGUUUUGUACAAGUAUCUGGAAUUUGUGGUCCUACCAUUUUAUCCCCAGAAGUAAAUAGAAUCCUGUCUGGUACCUGAUCGUGGCAUGCGACGUCCUGCCAUGGACCAACAUUACCAGAUCUACCCACAAUCUACAUAAGAGAAUAAAAGAAAACUGGUGACUGCAGUAUGAUAUGGACAAAUGUUCGAACUCCAAGACCUGACCAGAUAGACAACCAUCACCACCAUAAUCUAAAAAAAUAACCUGAAAUGGGGAAACAUAAGGAGAAAAAAUCGAAAAAAAAUAAACGUGAAAAAAAAGCUAAGAAAAAGAGGUACUCUUCAAGUUCUAGUUCGUCGGAGAAUGAAUGGGUUGAAAAGUCCCAAAAUAAAGCAUCCGGGGAAGAAGAAAUUUCAAAAAGAGAUGAUUGGAUGUCGAUGUCAUCAAGUUUUUUAACAACUUCUAAUUCAGACAGGAAAGAGGAUAGAGAAAAAAGAAAGCGAGAAGAACGAGAAAAGGAUGUUUAUGACCCAAAAAGCAAUGUUAGGGAGUUAAAUCCUUAUUGGAAAGAUGGAGGAGAUGGGUUACCCACUUUCAAAAAACCAAGCGAACAUGAUUUUGAGUAUAAAAGUAAAUAUACAGGAUCGUCAGGAUGGAGGAAAAAAGAAUUGGUUGAGAAACAUAAGGAUGAAGCUAAAAACAUCUUUACUAGUGAAGAUAAUGAAGAAAAAAUUGGAAUUACAGAUAAAGAAUUAAAUGCAAUAGCAGCAAAAUUAGUUAAAGCUGAAAUAAUGGGUAAUGAAGAAUUGGUUAAAGAAUUAAAAUUAAAACUUGAAAAUGCUCGAUCUUUAAAAACUACAACAAUCACAAAAGAAGAAAACGUUUUAUUAACAACAACCGAUAAUCAGGGUUACUCAAGACCAAUAAAACUAAAAAGUGAAUAUGGAGAAUCUUCAGGAACCCAAAGAAAGAAAAAACAACGAGUUGAAACCCAUAAAGAUGGCGAACGUAUUAAAUAUUUUCCAGAUGAUGAUAAAUAUUCACUACAACAAAUGUUUGAAAAUGAAAAAUAUAGUACAGUUCAAGAUCAAAACAAAGAAUUUAUUAAUAUGGCUUCGAAAAUAAAAAAUCAAGACAUGGAUGAAAUAUUUGAAGAUAAAAUACGUCAAAAAGAUAAUCUUUCCGAUAAAAAAACCAUUGAUAAAGCAAUUCAACAGCAUCAAAUGACAUCAAAAACUUUAGAAAAUUGUUUAUGGUGUAUCCAAUCAGAUAAUAUGCCAAAACAUCUCAUGAUAUCAAUGGGCGAAACCAUGUUUUUGAUGUUACCACCUUUCCAGCCAAUAACAAAAGGUCAUUGCUUUAUAAUCCCAAUACGCCACGUUCCAUGUUCAACUCAACUAGACGAAAAUGAAUGGAGUGAAUUAUUAGAUUUUCGAAAAUCACUCACAAAAAUGUUUCUUGAGUCAGAUGAAGACGUAAUAUUUUUUGAAACCGCCGUUUUUUUACAUAAAUUUCCGCAUAUGAUUUUUGAAUGCGUCCCCGUUCCAAAAGAACAAGGCGAUUUAGCACCGAUUUAUUUUAAAAAAGCUAUCGAUGAAUCCGAAACGGAAUGGUCCGUUAAUAAAAAAUUGGUGUCUUUGGCUAAUCGAGACGUUCGAAGGGCUAUUCCCAAGGGGUUACCGUAUUUUUGUGUAAGUUUUGGAAUGAACGAAGGGUACGCUCAUGUUAUUGAAGAAGAAAAAUAUUUUCCUAAGAAUUUUGCGCAAGAAAUUAUUGGGGGGAUGUUGGAUUUGGACCAUGCUAAAUGGAGGAAACCUAAAAAACAAGGAUUUAAUGAGCAAAGUGAAAGAGUUAAAGAAUUUACUAAAAUUUGGUGUAAUUAUGAUUGUACAAAAUCUUGAAUUUUAUAGGAUUGUUUUAAUAUACUAAUGCUAUCAAAAAAAAUCUUAAACACAAACAUAAAA